AUGCCGUGGAUGGAAGCCGCAAGUAUUGGUGUCGAGGUAAACAGCCAGACCACCACACCUGACCGAUUCGUCUCAGGAAAGGUGAUAGACAACUUGAAAGUGUGGCUUCAACAUGAGCUGUCAUUCAGUAUCGUUCCUACGGGACCUAUCAGAAGCAGUCGCAGUAAAGUGUCGGCAUGUACCGACGCCCACUGGCAGUCAGGUCGGAGGCGGAUAAAGGUGUUCUGCACCGUCGAGGCGCUACAGUUGUGUGUCGGAAGCCGGUUGUUCCUCAUUGGGACCGCUCCGGAAUACAUCUACUCUACUCUACUCUACCGAUGA